UAAUGCUCAUGUGGCUGAAUGGAAGCAAGUCCCCACAGCAAUGUUCCAACAUCUAGUGGAAAGCCUUCGCAGAAGAGUAGAGACUUAUUGUAGCAAAGGGGGGACCAACUCCAUAUUAAUGCCCAUGAUUUUGGAAUGAGAUGUUCGACGAGCAGCACACCUGCUUGUGUCGUGUAAAAUAUAUAGCCUAUUAACUUGUUAACAAAUGAUAUGCUGGAUUCACAGCUCCAACUCAACCAAAAAUAAAUGAUAAAGAAUGGGAUUAAGCCAGUGGCUCAGAUGGAACUAUACAAGCAGUAGAUGCAUAUCCUUUAAAUGUUGAUGUUUGGUUGUGUUGUCAACCAAACACAAGUUAAUAUGACUUUUACAUGAAAUAUAGUAAAUAGCCUAAUGUUAAGGCUAUCUUACAUUAGUUUGUAACAUUCAACCUUAAAAUGAGUAACACAUCCAUGGCCACAUUGAGGUUAAUGUGACUAUACAUUUGUUCUUAUGUAAUCCUAUUAAGCGUGCAUGUUCAAGAUAUCAUGCAUGGGUCGUCUCAGGUCUGUGGAGAUCUUCACAGUUGCUGUUGCUGUUGUACUGUGCAGAAUCUGGAACAGCAUGUGUGACAACUAAACCAAAAAUGGGACUUUGUUUUUCGAUUGGAAUUUGGUUGUGCUUUUAUAUGGUUGAAAGCAUAGUGAUAACACACUGGAAAUUCAACUUACUCAUUGACCAACGUCUCAACCAAAUAUUACCCAAUUGUCCACGUUAAAAUGAUGUGGUGUGCCCAGUGGGUUGGUACUGUUGCAAAUGCACUAAAUUGAAACAUGUUGACGAAUCCGUGUAGAUGACCUGAACCAGUUUUAUGGUACUCAUAUGUCAUGCAUAUGUGUGUGUUUGUCUGUCUGAAUCACUUUUAGCUGCCCAUUGUGGAGAAGAUCCGGAUCAUUGCUCAGAAGCUCUACGGGGCUGAUAACAUAGAGCGGCUGCCAGAUGCCCAGCACAAGGUGGAGCUUGACACCAAAUGGGGCUUUGGGGAAUCUGCCCAUCUGCAUGGCAAAGACUCAUCUGUCCCUGUCCCACGAGGCGGAUAAAAAGGGGGUGCCCACAGGGUUCGUCCUGCCCAUCAGGGACAUUCGUGCCAGUGUGGGUGCUGGGUUCCUCUACCCUCUGGUUGGCAUGAUGCCCACAAGGCCAUGUUGCUACGACAUUGACCUGGACCCUGAGACUGAGCAGGUCAACGGACUAUUCUAAUUGGUGCUCCACCCUGUGUACCUGAAGGAAUCCGCUAACAUUACAGCUAUAUGAACAACAUCAAUACAACAACCCAUACUAGUUUACAGAUAUGCUUGAUGUCAGUGAUGAUUCUGGAUAUUCUCUCUUUCGAUCUCUCCCUGGUCUGUAGUCUGCAGCCCCCACAACAAGCCCUAAUGAAAUGUGGUGGAGCAAUAACUCGAAGCUCUUCCCUCCCCUGUCAAUAAUGUCCUUUAUUUUUCACUCAGUCUCUGACGCCUGUCAAUAAUUAAUUUUGCUCUGCGUGUGGCCACUGAAGGGUAAAUGUAAAGAAACUUAAACCGUUUGUCCCUCGAGACUAACUCUGUAUUAGUAUUCUAACAGGGAGAAAUGACCUACUUAACAUUCCUUCAAUAAUCACCUCUAAAAAUAAACAAACCUUCCCAGAAGCUACUGUAUCUUAUCCCUCCAGAAGUACAGUGUUGUGUCUGAUAAUACUGUGCAUGGCAAGGAGACCCUAGGGAGAGGGAAGUCUCAGAUCAUCGGGUGGUUAUUUGUGUGUAAAUCAGACUCUGUCUACUGCUAUGGACUGGUAAAGAUUCAAAACAGAGUUGAAAAUUAAGCAGAACAAAUUCGGACAUUGCUGCAUUAUAAAAACUUCUGACAUUGACCAUCCUUGUUGUUUAAAGAUUUGUCCUAAUUGUGCCUCUCUUAAUGUUUCCUUUUGUUUCUAUUUUAUAUUGUAAUAUAGAAUGACCAUGUCAAAUACUGUUAAAGUACUGUACAGAACCAAUUGAUUCUGUGAAAUUUGAGCAUGUUGCUUAAAAUCAAUAUGACAUAUCAGAAAA